AUGGGGGGGGACGAGCACAGCAUCACGACGCGGAGGAUCACGGGCAAGAGGGGCGUCUUUGAGGUGGCCUUUACCAAGCCUUUUGAGAUUGUCAUCCUGACGGUCUGGUGCCUCGCCCUUGGCAUGGCGGAAAUCAUGGACCUCUCUGCCCCCGACACGGAGAGCCCCAUUGCGGAGCGCGAGAUGAAGCGUCGCGUGUGGUGGACUCUCUUUGCCGCCGACCGGUGGUUCUCCUCUGGCCUGCGUCUCUCGCGACAGCUCGAGGACUUUCAAAAGAGCAUCGAGCUCCCCAUGGACGAGGACAUUUUCCACGCUCUAGAUCCCACCGACAUGGCGCUCUCCGUACCCUGGAAGCCCGGUCUCUGGGCGCACAUGGUCGGCCUGCAUCAGCUGUUUGGCCCCGUGCUGGAUCUAAACAGACGCUGCGCCCAGGGAAACAUGCCCAGCCACAAGCGGGAGGCGACUGUCAUGGACAUUGCCGGAAGGCUGGCGGCUUGGGAGGACAUGGUACCUUUGGGGGACAAGAUGACCGAUGAGAACUUCCACCUCCAUCGCCAGAGGGGUACGGGCGGGCCCUUUGUGUCUCUGCACCUGGCGUACAACUACUACUCGCUUCUCCUCUACUUUCUGUACCUAGCCCAUCGGCAGCCGCAGGCCCAGACCGUGCAGACCUAUGUGCAGCGCUGCAAGCAGUGCGCGAGGGCCUACAUCUACCUCGUCAAGAUGAGCCGCGACCACGCAGGCUGCGAGGCCCUCUUCCCGACCGUGAGCCACAUGACUGUCGUCUCGUCUUCGGUCCUGCUGCACACGCUGCUCUUCGGGGACGAGUGGGAGGUGGCGUCCGCGCGCGGCGCGCUCAACUCCAACUUUGAGGUCCUCGUCGACUUUGAGCGGUACUGGCCGGAGCUCAUAGCACAGAUGAUCCAUCGUCUGACUUCAUUCCAAGAAAUGUGCCUGCCAGCAAGCGCCAGAAACCACCCGACGCAUGGGUUUGACAACUGGAUGCUGCGCUUCGUGGUGGAGUUCGCGCUGCCCCUCGAGGAGAGGAUCACGGACUUUAGUGUAUUUCGGCUCUGA